GCGUCUGCGGCGCGCUCGGGCUGGCGGCUGUGUUGCGCGGGGAGGGCACGCUGGCGGAGUAUGUGCUUGUUGAGAGCGCGUCGGUCGCGAAGAUGCCCCUCAGGGAGGGGUGGGGGCUGAGGGAGGCGGUGGGCGUCUUGGGCGUUGCGGGGCAGACUGCGCUGUGUAUGGUCCGGAGGGCGGGAGGCUGGGAGGGGAUGGCUGGGUGGAGGGUGCUGGUUAAUGGGGCCAGUGGCGGGGUGGGUUCGCUGGUGGUGCAGGCUUGCAAGGGGCUUGGGGCGGAGGUGUACGGGGUGUGCUCCGGGGGGAAUUCGGAGUUGGUGAUGGGUUUGGGGGCGGAUGGGGUCAUUGACUACCGGAUCCAUGAUCCGCUAGAGGAGCAUCUGGCGCAGAAGUUCGGCGAGCAGCAGUUCGACGCGAUCUUGGACUGCGCCGGCAGCCAAGCGCUCUUCUCGCACUCGCCGCGGUACCUCAAGCCGGAGGGCAAGUUCGUCUCCAUCGUCGGCGGCUGGUCGCAGGGCGUGGUGCCCUUCGUCCGGAACAAGCUGCGUCCCCGCUUCCUCGGCGGCACGCCGCGCAGAUACGACCUGUUCCUGCUGAGCUCGUCGGGCAGCAUUGCGAAGGAGGUCGCGGGGUGGGUUGAGCAGGGGGUGAUAAAGCAGGCUGUCAUCGAUUCGGAGUAUCCCAUGGAGCAAGCGGUUGAGAAGCUGGCGACCGGCAGGGCAAGGGGCAAGAUCGUCAUCAAGGUCGCCAGCACCGAGUAGGCGUCCAGGGCGAGCCAAGCGCGACAGGCAUGCGUAGCCGGUCGAGGGUGUCUUCAUUAUCCAGGUCUUGAACAUGUGGCUCUCACAUAUUCCGCCUUCCUGCGCACCAACCUCUGCAUCUGAGAUUGAUCU